AACACACCGCCGAGCACAGCCCGGGGGGCGGGCGGACUCACAGCCUGGGUGGGGCAGCCUAGGUGCGCCUCGCCGUUGAAUUAGUCCCAGGAGCGAGAGAUACCGCCCGUCCUCACGGAGCGUACAACGGCCGAGUUUUUUUUUCUCUUCUCUCUCUCUCCCUCUUUCCUUUUGAGCCUUUAACGGCAACAUAGACCCACCGCCUGUCACUUUUCUCAUCGUUUCACUCUCGACGGGGUCCACCCUCCACCUACGGACCAGGACAGAGUUCAUCAAAUGUUUUCAAAAAUGGCGAAGGUUCUAAUUUUCAACAUCUGCCUGAUGUUGGUCCUGCCCCGUGCGGAAACGUGUUCCGUCCCGAGCUCUCUCUAUGUGCGUGUGCCCCAAACAAUCCAGGCUGGAUCCGAAAUCACGAAAGUUGAAAUUGCGGACUGCGACCCCAAGUCGAUGCACUUAACGUCGAAGGACCCGAGUUUUACGAUAAAGACGGACGGAGUCAUAGUGGCUCUAACCGCUGUAACUGUGGCAACCGGCGGGCGGACAUUUUCUCUGUGGGCUCGGGAAGACGGCGGACCGGAAAGUGAGAUGGAAGUUCACCUUGUCCACAGGACGCUGCGGAAGCGAGAGUACAAAGGCCAAGGCUUCCUGAAGCGUUCCAAGAGAAGGUGGAGUCCCCCACCCUUCAACAUAUUAGAGAAUGACAAGGGCCCUUAUCCGAAAGAAAUUGAAAAGAUUGUGUCAGACUCUGAAUCCAAGCACCAAGUGUACUACACCAUCAGUGGACCUGGUGUCAAUGAGCAUCCAGUGCAGGUCUUCGCUCUCGACAGUAAGAGUGGGAUGUUGAUUGUGCUCAAACCAGUCGAUCGGGAGGAGUUCCCAAUGUUUUCACUGAGGACCCGCGUUUUCGACAUAAAGACCAAUCAGGAGACAGACGAGCCCCUGGACGUCCAGAUAAUUGUAGAUGAUGUGAAUGACAAUGUUCCACAAUUCAAAGACCCACUGCUGUAUACUGUGCUUGAGCAUAGUAACCCAGGGGCAGUGGUGGGGAAGGUGAACGCUACAGACCGAGACAAAGAAAGCACCCUCCACGUCAAGAUCAAGUAUACUCUCUUGACUGGAUUAGACCUGUUUGCCAUCAACCCACAAACAGGUGUCAUCACCACAGUAACUAACACCCUGGACAGAGAGGUAAAAGACAAGCAUAUGGUGACAGUGCAAAUCAAAGAUAUGGACGGUGCAAUAAAUGGGCUCUUCAAGACAGGAACAGCAACAAUAACUGUGGGUGAUAUCAACGACAACCCGCCGACUUUCACAAAAACGUCUUAUGAAGUCAGUGUCAGAGAGAGUGAAAAUGAAAAACUUAUCCUUCGAAUCCCUGUUGAGGACAAGGAUUUAGUGAACUCCCCAAACUGGAUUUCAAAAUUUGUCAUCAGUAAAGGAAACGAGAAGGGGAAUUUCAGGAUGGAAACAGACCCAAAAACCAAUGAGGGGCUUCUGUAUGUUUCAAAGUCCUUAGAUUAUGAGACGAGGAAAAAUGUAAAGCUUGAGAUUAUGGCACGUAACGUAGCUGAGCUGAGCAACACCAAGGCCCAAUGGCUGUCCAUCCCUGUGGAUGUCACUGUCACCGAUAUUGAUGAGGGACCAGAAUUCACAGCUCCUACUAUCCGCUUCACCGUCCAAGAGAACAUACCAAACGGGACACUGAUAGGAAGCUACAUAGCCGUAGAUCCUGAGACCAAGAGCAGCGCUGGCAUCAAGUAUUACAAGGACUCAGACCCAGCCUCCUGGAUCAAUGUCGACAGGAGUACAGGAGAGCUGAGGGUUGCAAACACAAUCGACAGAGAGUCUCCAUUCCUUCAGAAUGGAAUUUACAACAUCACCAUGAAGGCUAUUGAUGCCAGCUCCAAAACAGGCACCGGAACAGUCAUCAUUCAGGUGGAGGAUGUCAACGACAACGUGCCAGCGCUCCCCAACAAGCUGGUAUUGUGUGAGAAGGAAGGAGAGCUUGGCUCGGUGCUGGUUGUGGCUGAAGACAAAGACCAGUCUCCUUUUUCUUCCCCUUUCAGCUUUAGUUUGCCUCAAGAAAAAGAUGGCAAAUGGUCUGUGACAAGAUUAAAUGACACAGCAGCUACAUUGAAGCAUAUCAAAGAGCUUCCUACGGGGAUCUACAAUGUUCCCAUGGAUGUUACAGAUCUGCAGGGCUUCGGUACAAGACAGACGGUGGCAGUAAGAAUCUGCCAGUGCAUUAAUGAAGCCUGCUUGGACAAGGAAAGCUCCGUGUCACUAGGGGGACUGGCUUUGCUGGCUAUGCUGUUGCCUCUGGCCCUCCUCCUACUGCUCUGUAUACCCCUUGCCCUUCUCUGUGUGACAAAGAGCGAGAAGUUGGAUUUUGAACGUACAGAAGACAGUGGUGGAUUCCUGCUCCAAUCAAACACCGAGGGCAAAGGGGAUGAAGUGGAUUCUACUCUCAUCAUUUGCCCCCCGGUUGGAACAAAAGAAUACGAAGUUAAGCCUGUACCGGAUGCACAAUGGUCGGAGAUCAAGGGCUUUAACACAAUUGGAGCUAAUAGCAUACAUGUGUCUGCUGCUGAUACCCGAGACUUUUAUUCUAGCCAGUAUAAACACUAUAGUGAUAUGUUUGAUAGUCAGCUUGCUGGUAGUGGCAUUAGCUUUGACAACAAACACCUUGUCCAGGACUCAGCUCUUCUUCACACCUGGCAAACAAAUGGUCACUAUCUACACCAGAAGCUGACCUAUCUGGGAACGGAGGAAGACAGACGGUACGCAGACGACAUCAUCCACUCCUACGGGUUUGAGGGGGUGGGCUCUGCAGCUGGCUCCGUGGGAUGCUGCAGUGACUACGACGACAACGACAACCUCGACUUCCUAAACACACUCGGACCAAAGUUCAAAACUCUUGCAGACCUCUGCACAAAGACAUGAACAAUGAAGAUCCAAAAUGAGGGUGUUUACUUUUCACUCUACAGGAUGUGGAGAGGCCUCGGAUCUGCAUUCUUGGUAUGCCCCCGAACAUGAAUGAGAGAAAAGAACAAGCAGGCCGUGUCAGUUUGUGCACACACUGCUCUGCUAUUGCUUUUUGUUAUAAGUUUUUUCUUUUUUUCUUUAUGCUGCUUUUGGGUAAAAGUCUUUUGCACUGAAAACUAUGUUGUACAUACUCUAUAUGUUGUGUAUUGCUGUGUAUCAACGUGUGGUUUACCUUUAAAGUCUUGGUCUUUGCAGGGUCAUGAUGGUUGUUGUAUUGAUAUAUGCAGUGAAGGGCUCUGGGGUUUCUAUCAGUUAGUAACAACUUCAGGUAUUUUGGUUAUUAUUCACAGUAAAUGAUACAAUUUUGCAUUUGUGUGACUGCUUUUAAAUUGUUUGCUAAAUUUGAUAGUUUUGAUAAAUUUUCAAUGACAAAUUGUUAUAAAAACACCUAAAUAAAAUAAGAGAAUAAUACAACGGCAUUUUUAAAAAUAUUUAACAUGAAAAUACUUCAUUUCAAAUUACAUUUUAAAAAUUAUUUGUUAGUUAUAAACAACAAUAUUGACUGAGUUCCACUGGUUUUCCAAAUCAUUCAGUAAAUAUCUGUGCAAACACAUUCCAGCGCAACUCCUGACAGUCAACUGGGCGAAGUUUCAACCCCUCUGUCACCGAGGUUAUUGCAACAUUCAGACAGUAAUCCUGCAAAAAUCAGCACAAGGGCGUGAACGGGAGGAGUGAGGUGUUUUUGACACUGCCUUCAACUUCCUGAAUACAAGAUUUAGCAGAUAAAUAGAAAGCUAACCAGUGCAGAAACAUGUUCUUGAAUCUGAUAAUUAAAGGGGAUCUGACAUUCCCAUAUGUGUGUAUUAGGCUGUUAAAGUUAGAAUUAUACAUUGUCAUUAAAGAAUGUGUCUCUUGGUGAAUUUUUUAGUGUACCAGAUUUAGUUU